AAGUAUGGAUAUGUCGAUAAGUUAUUCAAACAUUUUAAAUGACAUAGAAGAAAAUGUAUCAAAGUCUCAUUCUAAACUUCUUGAAGCUGUAUCAGAGCUUGAUAAAGGUCAGAGAGUAAAAAAGGCAGAAAGAAGUGAACCUACAUUACAAGUAUCAGAAUUUCAUUUAGUGAAAAGUGGGAUAUCUGAUCAAGAUGCAGUUCAAGUACAUGAUUUAGCCAAAGCUUUAGGGAAGAAGGGUCAUCAUUUUCAAAUCACUAAAAAUUUACGAGCUAUAAAGAAAAAUGUUCAUAUCUUACCAAAACCUCUGGAAAAACCAGCAGCAGACAAAAUAAAGAGAAUAGUUGCUUUUAAAAAUACACAAGAAGAAUUAAAAAAAUGGAAUGCUGUAAUAACGAAGAACAGAACUGCAGAAUCACUUCGUUUUCCUUUACAUCAAGUACCAAUGCAUUUAGAACCAUCUUCAAAAUUUGUUAAAAGAUUUAGACUUCAAUCAGACUUAGAAAAAGAACUUGCUGCAUUAGAACCACAAAAGGAGAACAUUGAACAAAAAAGUGAUGAAUUCUCACUGACAUUAAAGGAAAUUAUUAUGAAAAGGAAAGAAGCUGCCAGAAUUAGAGCACAACAGUCUUAUAAAGAAGCAAAGGCUCAUCGUCAAAACAAAAUUAAAAGUAAGAAAUUUCAUCGUGUUCAAAGAAAGGAAAAAAUAAAAUUACAAUUAAAAGAGUUUGAAGAAUUACAAAAAACUAAUCCAGAAGCUGCACUAGAAAAACUUGAACAACUAGAUAAAACUAGAGCAGAAGAACGGAUGUCAUUACGGCAUAAAAAUACAGGAAAGUGGGCUAAAUCUAAACAAAUUAGAGCAAAAUAUGAUAAAGAAACUCAACAAGAACUUGCUCAACAACUGUCAAUUAGUCGAGACUUGACUCAGAAGUUAAGAAAACAAAGUGAGAGUGAAGAAGAAGAUGAAAGUGACAGUAGACAUGAGCAGCUUUUAGUUAAUGAUAAAGGAAAUUCGUGGACAGAGAAUACCAAAACGAAAUCAGAAAUUGAUGAAUUUGUUGAAAAUUAUCGUAAAUAUUGGGAUGAUAAAAAUAACCAGUUAAAAAACAAAGAUUUAGAUAUUAAUACUAAAAUUACAAUUAGUAAAGAAAAAAAUAAAUCUUUGAAUGAUACUCAACUUGAUGGUGUUUUAAAUGGUAUGUUUAUAAAAAUUUAAAAAAAUACUGACGAUAAAGUAGAUUCUUUUGAAAAUAAAAAAAAGGUUCCAGUAAUAGUGAAUUCUAAUAAACAUAUAAUUUCAGCAGAUUCAGUAAAUUCUAAUUCGAAAGAUAAUAAUAUUACAUCUAAUGUACAAUCAUUUGAAAUUAUGAAUCAUAAGCAAAAUUUACCAACAACAAAAUUCAAUAUCGAAGAUACAAAGAAUAAUACAUACAAUAAAAUUACACAAGAAACCAUGUUAGAUAAUAAUACAAUAUUUAAUAAGAAAAUAAAAUUACCUAAAACACGUGUAAAUAUUAUUACUGCCACUUCUAAUUGGAAUGUGGAGUCUAUAGAAAAUAUAAAUGUCAUUAAUUCUUUGAUAUCUAAUACAUCAAAUAGUGAAAAAAUAAAUAAAAUAUUUGAUUCUAUGGAAGAAAAAGUAGGAAAUCAAAUUAAAUCCAAGUUUGAACAUAUUUCCAAAAAUUAUAACAAAGUGAAAAUUAAGAAAAGAAGAAAAUGUAAAAGAAGUAAAUUUGAAAAAGAUAAUUUUGAUGGUCUUGAAAUUCAAGUGAAAAGACAGAAACCUAUUUUGGAUUUAGGUUUAAAUGAAGGUAUCGAAAAUAAUUUGGAUUUAAAUACAGAAUUAGAGAAAGCUAAAUAUAUGGUACAUGAUAAUAUUGUACCUAUACAUAAAUUAAACACAUCUAAGGUAGAAAUAGACCCAAAUAAGUACAUAAACGUAAAACCUAAACAUUUAAAUACAUAUCUUCCAAAUGAUAUUACUAAUGGUGAUGAUGUCUUGGACAACAGUGAAAAUGAAGAAGAAAUGUGUAAUAUAGUAAGUGAAGCAUUUGCAGAUGAUGAUGUUAUAGAAGAUUUUAAAAAAGAAAAAGAAGAGGAGGUGAAGAAGUAUCAACCUAAGGAUAUCGAUUUAUCACUACCAGGAUGGGGCAGCUGGGGUGGGAAAAAUAUUCAAAUUUCUAAACGUAAAAAAAAGCGUUUUAUUUUAAAAGUACCCAAAGAUUUACCACGAAAAGAUGAAAAUAAGGGUGAUGUAAUAAUAUUCGAAGAAGAUAAUCCUAAAAUAAGAGAACAUCAAGUUAAUGAAGUACCAUAUCCAUUUUCCAGUGUUAAAGAUUACGAAUCUAGUAUCAGAAUGCCAAUUGGAAGAAAUUUUAUACCUGAAAAUGCACACAGAAAAUUAAUAGAACCCAAUAUUAAGACAUGUAUGGGAAAAAUUAUUGAACCAAUGAAUGAAGAUAUUUUAGUUAAAAAAGGGAAGGAAGAGCAUAAAAAAUUUAUUCCUAAGAAAAUAAAUAAAAUAAUUAAAAAGCGAAAGAUUAAAAAAGUAAUAAAAUAAAUUGAA